UUUUACCUUAUUCCUGGGUUUUCCGCGUCAACACUUCUCGGUGUCGUGUCUCCUUUAUUUGUGUUAUUAAUUCUUUGCUUAGUUAGUGUCGAUCCUAGCCGAAAGUCGUCUCUAUACGAAUUUUGGCAUAAACAGCUGAAAUGCGGGGGAUGUGGAGAGGUGACGAAGAAGGAGACCUGUGCGGCCCGGCGACUUGUUUCUCCUAUUUUCAAGGAAUUUUCUUAUCUCUUUAAGAAGGUUUCUCCUAUUCCGAUUCCUAAGGGUUUCGCUAAUCUCGUCCAGAAGUGUAAGGGCUGUGGUAGAGUGGGUUCUGUUCAAUUGAUUCCUGGGGCUGGCCGCCCUCUGAAAAGGGAAGAUUUUGAUUCAGGGAGGUAUGCUGUUUUGAUGUCCUUCAGAUGCCAGGGUUUUGAGCCAGAUGAGUACUCCUUUGGUGGUCACUGGAGAGUUGAAUCUACUAAAGGGAGUGUGUAUGAGGAUGUGGACCUAUCGGAAGGGGACUGGGCUGAAUAUGAUGAAGAUGAGGCCAUGCCAGUUUCAGUAUGCAACCUGAAAGCACGUUUCGUAAGGAUUAAUCAUAAGCUGAGAGUGUUUCCUGCACUGUUCCUGUGAACCAAACUCUGAUGGAUGAGAAGUGUGACUACAACUCAACUAUUAGAUAAAAAAUGAAGUAAAUAAUCCGUACAGAAAAACAAGUAUAGAUAGGACAACUUACUCGCCUGCUCGGAUAAGUGAAUGUCAUUGCUAAUGUAGUGCUUGCAACUUCAUUAAUCUGUUUUCUGUAAUCAAACUUUUAGCUUUCCCAGUGCCUUGAAGGCUAUUAGCCUGUGGCUAUUCUGAUGUUUUAUGAAAUUGUUGGUGACACUAUUAAUUGUGGUGUUUCUUCGUCUA